CGCACAGUUGGGUCGCAGAACAACGCGUUGGAUCGAGUAGUGAGAUUGUUUCACCGCGAUUAUGGAUUUAUUGCCAGAGCAAAAUUCGACGUUUUGGAAAAUUGGUAGAUUGAAAACGUUCGAAUAUUGGCCCUUUCGAUCAUCCUCCGAUAAUUCGUGUAGCCCCGAGCGAAUGGCUGCUGCUGGUUUUUUCGCGGUAGGUGGUCGAGAAGAACCUGACUUGGCGGAAUGUUUUAUUUGCUCCAAAGAACUCGAUGGCUGGGAUCCCGACGACGAUCCGUGGAAGGAACACGCAAAACAUCAGCCGGAAUGUCCGUUUGUAAAAUUGGGGAAACCUGACGAAGCUUUGUGGACUGUGCAUGAUUUGUUUGAUUUGUUCAAAAGAUAUGCCGUGAAGGAAUGCACACGCGAGUUAGCUAAAGCUGUAUCUACGGCGAAGGAAGAGAGCGCGAAACUUGUACGUGAAAUACCGCACAUUUACAAGGAACUAAGAAAGGACUGCGAAGACCGGAGUUGA